AUUAAAUUUUCUUUUCAUUGACCCACUUAAGCAAUCUUUAAAAAAAAUUUAGCAAUAAACAUGCUCUUGUAGAGGUUAUGAGAAACAGAGGUAUGAUAAUGAAAGCUAAAGAAAAGGGGAGGGGUGGGGGAGAGAGAUAUUUGAUCAGAGUUUGACUUUGCUUUGUCCAGAAGGCGAAGAUACCUAAUCUACUGUCCGAUCAUGGCGGAGACUCAUCAAGAAAUGGAUUAUGCAGAGCUGCGUCAAACGCAGAAGGAUGAGAAGUUGUAUAAAGGGAUAGUGGAGGUUCUGGGAAGAGAUGGCCUUCAGAGGGUUUUGCUAGCUGGUGAAGCUGGAAUCGGGAAGACAAGGCUGGCUAAGCUGGUGAGCAAGCAUGCUACUGAUACUGGCAGUUGUUUUCUGACCAUCUGCUUGCAUCUUAACAGAAAGUUUGAUGAUGAAUUGUCGCUUUACGAGAACAUUGCUUCCCAGUUAUGUCUAUACUCUGACUUUGAAGAGACUGAAGUGGAUGAUAGAGAUGAAGACGAAGAGGAGGAGAAGAAGCCGGAUGCUUUGUUGGCUGAUUUGAAGAAGAUGAUAACUGAGGAAAUAGAAAGUAAGGUGAAGAAAGCAGAGGAGGAGGCGGCGGCGGAGAAAAAAGCAAAAGAGUCGGCUGCGAAAGGCAAGGAUAAGACUGGGAAAAACGUGAAGAAGCAACCAGCAGGGAGCACGCCAAAAGCAGGAGAGAAGAAAGAUGACUCACAUACAGUAACGCCGCCGUACCUUCUGUUGAUUCUUGAUGAUGAAGGAAACAAGACUAGUGAAGACAAGGUGAUGAAGGAACUGAAACUUGAGAUGUUUCUUAGAGAACAAAGUUUUCUUAAAGAUCAGAAGGAUCGUCUCAAGAUUCUUAUUACAAGAAGAAAAGAAGAGGCGGAGGAGCCUUCAAAGACUGCUGAGGAAGGUGUGAAAGAUGAGGAUACAAAGAGUGAGAAAGAUGGCAGCGAACAUGAGUCUGCUGAUGGAAUCAAAUCAGAGGAAAGCGAUAAUGAGGGGAAACCAGAGCCCCAAGCCCUGAACAACACACCGGUUAUAGACCCUGAUGAGAAAGGUGUUCCCCCUACUGGUACUGGAGAUGAGACGCAGGCGGCUACGAAUAUGUCAGAGGCUUUACUCCAGUCAAUCAAUGAGCUUAACCUGAAGUAUUUAUUUGCGUGUCUUAUGAAGAAGGAUUGGAAGACUUACGAGAAAUUUUUACCUGACAUAGUGGAAAAGAGCAAGAAUUCACCAGCUGCAAUCGUCGUGCUAGCCAAGUCCCUAAAGCAGAUUACUCCGAGCACUCUUGCUACAGAACAAGAAAAGGAACUACAAGAAAGGAUAGAGAAAAAGAUAAAAAAGGUUCUCUCGGCUGCUCGUCCUUCUGAGAGCGCUAUCAAUCCAAUCAUGCGUCUUGCUUACGAGCUCUUGGAAAUCGGUUUUCCAUUGAAGGAUGCCAUCUUGGAUUGCUUUUGGCAUAGCUUGGACUUCUUUGAGCACUGUGGCAGUGUUUACUACCGUGACCUGAUCACACAAUGGAUACUUGAAGGCUACUUUGAUCCCGUUAGGUCCGUCGAAAAGGCGUACCAGGAUGGUCAUUUAAUCUUGAUGGAGCUUAUAAACCGUGGGAUGCUGAAGAUACAGGAAAACAAUGUGGUUGUACCAGAGAGAGCCAUGAGCACUUUAAUCGAUCCUCGAUGUCGUGGGCUGUUUGGAAGAUCAAGACUUAGAUUCUCUAGAGUUUAUUGUGGUGACAAGAGACAAGGUAUAGGGAAAAUCACUCAUAUAGAUGAUAUGAUUAAAACAGUGCAAGCAAAGAAAGGGGACAAGAUUUCUACCAUUCUAGUUAGUGGAGACCGUCUGCGUCGUGAAACUCCUGUAAAGUAUUUUAAGAAGCUGAGUGAUCUUGAAGUACUUGGUCUGUUCGAACCUACACUGGAACCUUUUAUCACAGCUUUUGCAAUUCUUCCCAAACUCCGGGUUCUUGUAAUCAGGGACUGUGAUCUACUGACAGAUAUUGAGGAGCUUAAGGCUCUUCGGGAACUAAACGCUCUUGAAGUUUCAGGUGCGAGCUCCUUGAAGAAAAUAUCUGAUGGAUUCUUCAAGGCAUUGUCUAAACUACAAAGUCUUCACCUCUCUAGGCUUCAGAUCACAACUUCCCCUUCCAGCAUUUCUGAACUUACAGAACUUCACUGUCUCAUCAUCAAAGACUGUCCUUUACUGGAAGAUUUGCCGGACAUACAAGAACUUGUAAAACUUGAGGUUGUUGAUGUUUCUGGUGCUCAUGGGCUUCAAACGUGUUUCGACAACACAAAAGGAGAGAAGAAAAACAAAAGCAAAAACAAAAACUUCUAUCAUCUCACAAAACUUCAACUUCUUGACUUCUCAGAGAGCCAAAUUGAGCGGCUGCCAAUAUUCCAGGACUCUGCCGUAGGCGACAAGCUUCACUCCCUUAAGCGGCUCUUGUUGCGUGACUGUAGCAGAUUGAGAAGGUUGCCUAGUUUGAAGCCCUUGUCAGGUCUGCAAAUUCUUGAUCUCUCUGGCACUACGAGUUUAGUGGAAAUGCUUGAAGUGUGCUUUGAAGAUAAGAAGGAACUCAAAACACUUAACCUCUCGGGAACUAAUCUUAGCGAGUUGGCGACCACCAUCGAGGAGCUGACUAAUCUUAACAAACUCCUCAUGAACGAUUGCACCAACAUAGCAGUUCUCCCGAACAUCCAAAAACUUACAAAUCUCGAGGUCAUUGAUGUUUCCGGAUGUGAAAAUUUGCAUACGAUCGAGGGAUCAUUUGAGGACAUGUCUUACCUAUGUGAGGUGAAUCUCUCUGGAACCAAAGUGGAGACACCAGAGUUGCCAAAGAAGACCCAAGUCCGAUGUCUAAAGCAUAUUAUUCUGGCAGAUGGAAGUCGUUUUGAAGGUGAGGAAUGGAGUGAAAUAAGGGAUAAGAUUGAAAGUAAGAGAUCUGACGAGGCCAGCUCCUCGGAAGCAAGUCUCGAGAAGGAAGAUGUCAUUAAGGAACGUCUUUGCCAUGUCCCCAUUGAGAAGAAUAUAUACAAGACUAUACUAUCAAGUUUUGAUUCCACAAGUCAACAGGAAGUCAUGAAGAUCCAUGAAUCUAAAGACCUACAAGGGGCUGAGUUUGUGUCAUUUGUGGACAUUGACUCAACAAUGCUCAAAUCUUUCUUUAGCGAGAACAGAUCAGUAAAGGGUUGCUCGCUACGGAUGUGCAGGGAUAUAAAAAACCUUUUCUAUGAAGUGGAUGGGGAAAGUUUGGGAUCACUGGUGACAUUGUCGAUUUCAAACUUUCCAAUGUUGGAGACUAUAUGCUGGGGUGGGAGCUUCAAGAAGCUGAAGAAGGUAAGCAUAGAUUGCUGUCCCAAAAUCAAAACGCUUUUCCCGGAGGCAUCACAGAUGCCUAGCAGCUUAGAAGAGCUGAACAUAAAGUAUUGUGAGAAGCUGGAGACAAUUGUUAAAGGAGUCGAACUCUCAACUCUUACUAAUUUGAAACCGCAAGUGAAGAAAUGCCCAAUGUUGGAGGAAACUUCAGAAGUAGAUUCGGUCCGUGGUCCUUGA